AGAUCCACUCGCAAAUUGGAAAACUGGGGCAAAAAAGAAAUAUGUUAUAAUAAUUUUAAAGUUUAAAAAAGAAAGGAAACACACGGCUUUCUACUAGGCCUUCAGAUAGAAUGUAUGGAAUUCCUUGUUAUAUAUGUUUGUCAUAUGUUGCAUCUGUUUUUAUCUUAGUUGUCUUGGUUUGACAUUUUGUUUAAUUUGUUUUCUGCAUUAUUAUGUAUCUUAUUUUAUUUAUGUUGUGCUUUUUUAAUUUCUGAAGUGCUCAGGAUAAGUGUGGAUUUGGGUCUCGAGUUGGGUGGGCAUUGAGAUUGAAUUAAAUAAAUAUAAUGGCUAAGAUGCUUUAAAAACAAUUACAUCAAAAUCAAGUAAUAAUCCAAUAUAUAAUAGAACGGAACAUUUUAUGGCAAUAUAAGAGAAUCUUCAAAAAUAUUGAACUGAUGAAUGGACAUAGAUUCAGAAAAUGAGUGCCAUUAAAUAAUAUUUAAUAUAGCAAAAUGUAUAUUCUUAGCCUUGAUCCCACAUCUUUUUCAAAAAAAUGUUUUCUGUAUUUGAUACAUUGCAGAGAAAAUGUUGCAUUUUGCUACAAUGUCAAUGGUUUCUUUAGUUUACAACUUCAAUUUUUUGGGGGGCUGCCUGCUUCUACUUAGCAGAUAAAAAUAAAAAUACAUUAGUAAAUUGCAUAAACUAUAUUUUUAAAUUUUAUUAUAUUAAACAUACAUUUAUGACCAAAUCAAGUUAUACAUAAUACAUUUAUAAAUCAUACAAUUGCAUAUAGUUUAAUUCACUGGGGGGAAAAAAAUCUGAAAAAAAUGUUGACAGGGACAAGCCGUUUUUCCAUAUGCUUCCAAUAUUUCCAGAUUAUUUGUACUGGUAGUAGUGAAAAAUAAGCCAGCAUUACUUAAAGUUUAAUCUUGUGCUUAACUAGUGUUAAUCACCUACAAUUUGAAUGAAAACAGAAGAUACCUACUGUAUGCAUUGAAUUCCUCUAUGCCACCAUUAUUUAAGAUCCUCUGCUUAUAACAACUGAACAAUGCACAAUUAUUUUAUCUUCAUAUUAGGCGCCACUUUGCUCCAAGAUUACCCUGGUUUCUGAAACACCACUCCACUCUGUUCUCAUUUUCCAGAGUUCUUAAUCUUCCUUGAGGUUCGUAUUGAUGUAGUCACUAAUAGGAUUGUGAGUAUUAAUUUGGAAAUACAUGCUUGUUGGCUACUGGUAGAAGAGCGACCUUGCAUGUCAACUAAGCAGUCCCAGAAAUGCUUUCAUCUAAUCUAUGGCUGCUAUUCUAACACAACAGGCUGAAAAGAUCUCUGUGUCUAUGGGAUGCUGAUUCCCCUCCGGAGAUCACUGAGGACACCAUGGCAGUGACUUUCAAAACAAUGCUAGGUCGGGUCAAGGAUGUUUGCAAAAGGAAUGGUUUACUUAUUCUCUCAGUGUUAUCUGUCAUAGUGGGAUGUCUUCUUGGAUUCUUUCUGAGGACAAGGCGCCUUUCUCCCCAGGAAAUUAGUUAUUUUCAAUUUCCUGGAGAAUUAUUGAUGAGAAUGUUGAAAAUGUUGAUUCUGCCUCUGGUUGUUUCAAGCCUGAUGUCAGGACUAGCAGCUCUGGAUGCUAAAACAUCUAGUCGAUUAGGCAUCAUUACAGUUACUUACUACCUGUGGACUACAUUUGUGGCUGUGAUUGUGGGAAUCAUUAUGGUCUCUAUUAUCCAUCCUGGUGGGGCAGCCCAGAAGGAAGACACCGAAGAAGGUGCGAAGCCAAUAAUGAGUUCUGCAGAUGCAUUGCUGGAUCUAAUUCGGAAUAUGUUUCCUGCCAACCUUGUGGAAGCCACUUUUAAACAGUAUCGAACCAAAACCAUUCCAAUUGUCAAAGUGAGUAAAACAUCAUCUGAAAGUAUUACUCGUCGAAUUAUAAUCUAUGGUGUGCAAGAUGAAAAUGGAUCCAUCAUCCAGAAUUUUGCUUUGGAUAUUACACCACCACCAGAAGUGAUUUAUAAAUCAGAGCCAGGAACUAGUGAAGGCAUGAAUGUGUUGGGAAUUGUAAUAUUCUCUGCUACCAUGGGUAUAAUGCUGGGCAGAAUGGGUACCAGUGGAGUUCCCUUGGUCAGUUUUUGCCAGUGUUUAAAUGAAUCAGUCAUGAAGAUAGUGGCUGUGACUGUGUGGUAUUUUCCAUUUGGAAUAGUGUUUCUUAUUGCUGGUAAGAUUUUGGAAAUGGAUGAUCCCACAGCCAUUGGGAAGAAACUAGGAUUUUAUGCUGUUACCGUACUUUGUGGACUAGUUGUUCACGGACUUGUUAUUCUGCCAAUGAUGUAUUUCUUCAUCACCAAGAAGAAUCCCAUUGUCUUUAUCAGAGGCAUUCUUCAAGCACUGCUUAUAGCUCUGGCCACAUCAUCCAGUUCAGCCACUUUGCCUAUAACUUUCAAGUGCUUAUUAGAGAAUAAUCAUGUGGACCGGAGGGUUGCUAGGUUUGUGCUCCCAGUAGGGGCUACCAUCAACAUGGACGGAACAGCCUUAUAUGAAGCAGUAGCAGCUAUUUUCAUUGCCCAAGUAAACAACUAUGAGCUGGAUUUUGGACAGAUCAUCACCAUAAGCAUUACGGCAACAGCUGCCAGCAUAGGAGCUGCUGGAAUCCCACAGGCUGGCCUUGUGACCAUGGUCAUCGUUUUGACAUCAGUCGGGUUGCCUACAGAUGACAUCACUCUAAUAAUUGCUGUUGAUUGGGCUCUAGACAGAUUUCGGACAAUGAUCAAUGUUUUGGGUGAUGCUCUUGCUGCUGGAAUAAUGGCGCAUAUUUGCAGAAAAGAAUUCACUGCAGAAAGAUCUGAGGUGCCUUUGAUUGGAGAAACAAAACCUGUUAGUAUCCGCAAAAUUAUUGCUUAUCAGAAGAAUGGCUGUGUGAAGUCCGUGAAUAAAAUGUGUGGACCUGAACCAAUCAAAACAACACUGCAUCACUUACCUAUCCAAAUGGAACAAGAAGAGAAUCACACAGAAUGUUACACAGAGAAAUCCAACAAUAAAGACCACUGUACUAUUGAAAUCAAUGAAUUGGAAACAAAUGUGUAAUGUACAGUUAAUCCUAAAAGUCUCUGAAAACAAAAGAAUAUCCUGUAAAUGAGGUUGGGACAUGGCCUGCUCCUUCAAUGGCAAGGCAUGAAAUGACUGUUAUUCCUGAACUGAGGUUAUAAAAUAGCUGUGGACACCUGUGAAGACAGAAGGCUUCAUGGAAGAUGGGUUCCAUUGGUUGGUUGGGUUAGUAGAAAGGAAUUAAUCACUGGACAAAUGUUGUUUACAGAUAUGGUGAUGUUUUUAAGAAGAAACCUUCUGAUCCAUUGAACUGAUUUCUACUAAAUCACCCUGUCUCCAUUUUUCUAAUCAAAAUGAAUAUUCCAGAAAUUCAUUAAUGUUCUAUUCUUAGUUUUAAAUGUAUUACUAACUAACGGAUUAAAACUAAAUUGUGGAUGGGAUCAAGUCCUGGUUACUGAGCCUGAGUUAUGUGAAAUAAAGUAUUGUUAUUAAUCUGCUGAUUUGGAUACAUUGUGAUCAUAAGCAGUGGUUAGUUUCAAAUGGAAAUUAGUCUGGUUUCCUACAGUUGCAUAGAUGAAGGUGGAGUGAACAGUGCAUGAAUUCAGUGGCCUUGAGAGGUCAUUAAACUAGUGUUACGUGCAACCUGGGUUGAAAUUGUUUAACAAGUCAUUCUUGUUUGCAGCUUCAUUCUGCAUUCUUCAAUGUUCUGAGUGAAUAUUGUAGUAGCUUUCUGGUUGUAAUCCAAAAUAAUGUUUUUAAUUUAUAACAUCCUAUAUGGCUUGACACUUAAGUAUCUUUGAGACUGCCUCCUUCAACCAGGUGAGACCUUUAUGUUCCAGGAGAAACUGUUAAUACUGUUAAUCCCCAACACCACUUUGGGAGGGGAGGGGAAUUAAGACCCAGGGUGUUGUUUCUCUAUGAUGGUCCCUGUUAUAUAGAAUGGCUGUCCUGAAAACAAGAUUGGCGCCAUCAAUAAAAGCCUUUUAGAAGCUAGUUAAAAUCUAGAAGCUUGUUAAAAUUGGGGGAUUUGGGAUGAAUUGUGAUAGAACUGGAGCUCUUACAUAAUUCUAAUUUUAAUGUAACUUAAGUUUAAUUUUAAGUUACUAUGGAAGUUUUAGUGUUGCAUUUUACAAUUU